AUUGAUCAAUCUGGAUUUUGGCAUCUGCAAUUCCAAACCCUCCUCGGAUCCAGAUAAUAAAUAUUUUUCCACUUUUCCACUGUAGAGAUUUACAAUUACCAAACAUCGUCAACAUGGCUCGAGGAAAGUGGAUUGAUAAGAAGAAUGCGACACAUUUUCAACUCGUUCAUCGUCCUCAGAACGAUCCGUUAAUUCACGAUGAAUCUGCAUCUUCCAUGGUCUUAAAUCCCACCAAUGCACCCAAUUCGAACAAAAUCAAGAAACUCGAUGAUUUGACAGCUGAGCUUGGUUCAGGCAUCGCACAUGUCAGAGAUAACGAAGGGGAGGCCGCAAACUAUGGAGUUUACUAUGAUGACACUGAAUAUGAUUAUAUGCAACACAUGCGCGAUUUGGGUCGUGGAGGUGGUGAAUCAACUUUUGUGGAAGCUACUGGACCAAAAAACAAAAACAAGGGGAAAGGGAAACAAUCUUUGGAGGACGCGCUGAAGAACGCAAGUUUGGAAGACAAGGCCGGAGCCGUUCUUGAUGACGAAAUUCUACCAUCCAAAAACCUUCGAAAGGUUACAUACCAAGCACAACAAGAUGUCCCUGAUGCUUUAGCUGGUUUUCAGCCUGAUAUGGAUCCGAGGUUGAGGGAAGUCUUGGAAGCUUUGGAAGACGAGGCUUAUGUAGACGAUGACGACGAAAUCUUUGAGAAAUUGGCCAAGGAUGGAGAGGAAUUAAAUGAAGAAGAAUUCGAUGAAACUUGGGAUGAUGAAGACGGAUGGGAAUCCGAUGCCACAGCAAAGCCUACUCAAGAAUACAAGGACGCACCUGCUACGACCCAGGAUAUAGAUGAUGAUGAGCGGGAAGAUCAUGGCGACGGGGAUUGGAUGGCAAACUUCAGCAAAUUCAAAAAGGAUAAGACUUCCAGCAAGGCUCAAGUUGCGCCUUCGCAAUCUGACUUACAAUCAUCCCUGUUUACUACCACCACAAAUGGCGGAAGACGGAAGAAGAGAAAGGGUGCCUUGACAAACCCUUCCGCUUACUCCAUGACAUCGUCCUCAAUAUUCAGAACAGAAGGCCUUACUACACUCGAUCAACGAUUCGAGAAAAUCGAGGAACAAUACAACGAGGAUUUUGACGAUAUGGCCUCCGUUUCGAUGGCCUCGUCUUCUGUAUCUACGGUAGAAGGCGACCUUCGCCAAGACUUCGAUAGUAUUAUGGAUGAUUUCCUAGGCAGUCAUUCUAUGAGCGGUAAGAAGAAUGUCAAAAAGAUGAAAUACCAGACUGGUAUGGAACAGUUAGACGAGGUUCGAAAGGGUCUCGGUCCAGCACGCUUCAGCAGCUUCGGUAAUCGCUCCACUCGUACCCAAAGGGCGUGAACGGUAGUAAAGGCCUUUAGCAAGGAGUUGCGGGUUGGCAUUUGGUUCUAUAUUUGGUUCACUUGGCGCUUGGAGUUCAGGCAAAUACUUUGAAAAGUAUGGAAUUCCCCAAGGUUAUGACAUCUAAGAAUAAAAGUGUAUCACGGCGUAUGUAUUAGAGGCUUCAUUACGAACGUUUUCUUGGGCUAUCAAAGAAUGAAAAUAUAUAUU